AUGGAGAGAUGCUCCAUCUCUCCUGUCGCACGACUGACUGCCCUCGUCUCCCUCCUCCUGAUUGCUCUGGUGACACAGCCCUCCACCUGUAACCGGGAGGACGCCGAGGGCGAGGAGCAGGUGGACGCCCUGCCGGUCCAGCUGUCCGUCACCGCCCAGGUCACACCCACGCCUCUGUGGGCGGUGGUCUGGGGUCCCACACAGCAGCUGGAGGACGAGACCUACCACUUCCUCUCAGGCCACGAAACUGACCCCCUGCAGCAUCACGGGAGCCAGCAGGAGACCGGCACCGCCACGUCCGAGGCCUGGCCACAUCCCGGUGCAAGCGUUCAGCCCCGUGAGGAGACACCGCUGGAGUCCAGGGAGGAGGAGGAGGGAGGGGAGGAUGGAGGGACGGAGGCGGAGGAGACGGAGCCUGGGGAAGUGGACCCUCAGUUCUACGUCACCGUGACCAUCUCUUCGCUGCUCAUGCUGACGGCUGUCGUCAUUAUAGCCAAACUCUGUUAUGAUCGCAGUUGUUCCCAGCUUCCACCCCCGCUCUCUCGUGGCGUGGCGCCCCCCCUCACGCUCGCCCUCCCUCGCUCCCUCGCUUCAGAGGACAGCCGGCAGACGUUGCACAGCACCUCCUCCUCCUUCACCGACAGGGAGAGGUAAUGAGUCGCCUGCACACAGAGAGUGUGUGUUUGUGUCUGUGUGUAGUCUAUGAGUCUGAUGUGUGCAUGUGUGUGCGUCACUGUGCACCUCUGCAUUCAGGUGAACUUCUUUAUGUGUGUGUCUGUGUGAAGCAGCCUUAUUACCCCUUGUGUGUGCACUGUAAGCAUGUACACGGACUAUAAUUGGACAGCAGUGCUAUUCUCUGUGGAGCAUUCAGGCCUGAAGAUGUAUCAGUGUUUUAAACUCUCUCUCCAGAUGAGUCAUCGUGGGCCUGUGUAAGGCGGACAGCCCCCGUCCCCCAAAUGAUGCUUUUAUUCCAGGGUAUUUAAAGUUAUUCUCAAUCAGGACAA